GCCCUGCGUUCAGAAAUACCCUGUGACAACUUAGUUUAAGCUGUGAACCACACAAAUUCAGGCACCCACUUUUGCUAUAAACUUUAAAUCUCGCACCAGAGAGGACACAGAUUUAUUCAAUGGCCUAUUAUAGAAGAGGGGACUCCAUCCUUGAUUCAUUCUCUUUAAGCCCUUUGCCUUAUCCUGUUCUGUUAAUCCUAGCAGUGACAUCAAUAUUUCUUGGGAUGUCAUGGUAUGUGAACUAUGAAUCAGUUCUGGAAACCGCUGAAGAGCAACUGAGUUGGGUGCUUUUCGCCACACCAGUUGUGUUGAUACUCUUGGCUCGUUGGGUGUCAUCUAUGGAUACUUCCGAUAUGUUAUUUGGUUCAUCGCCAUGGGAACGUCGCCGCCAGACUCACCAUCGUCCUUCCGAGGGUAGCUCACCUUGGAUUGUGGCUGCUUUCAUUGUGCUGCUGCUGAUUUUGGUACAGUAUCAGUCAGUUUUUCGCGAGAGCUGGCUGGUAUGAUACUGUAUAUAUGUUUAGAUACAUGGAAAAAACUAGUUGUGUAUUUCUUAUUUUGGUUGGUUUUUAGGUGUUUCAUAUGUGAUAGAUUGAACUGGGUUUGGCUUUAUUAGAUCAAGUAUAAGCAUGUAUGAUAGUUUUGUAUUGUAAAUAACAUUGCAAAACACAAAAGAAGUUGCUUGUUUAA